AUGCAGCGUGCCGUUGUUCAAGGAUCUAAGGUGAGAUUUUGACUAGGGGUUUCGGGAAAAUAUCGAUUUUUUGGGAAGUUUCGCGGGCAAUUAGGGAAACUUGGGUUUCCCGCCCAAAAAUUGAUUUUUAUCGAUAAUUUUUCAUUUUUAAAUAUUUGAGAAAGAAGUGAAUUUCAUAGGGAAUCUGAGAUUUGUUCUGAAAAUAUCAAAUUUUUGCAAAUUUCAGAAAAAUAAAGAAAAACUCAAUAAUUUUUGCAGCGCGGACUCGCCACUUUGGCUGGAGUAACAGCCGCCUCAGGUGUUGGACUCGUUUACGCAUUGGAGAACAGUGUGAACGCAAGCAGUGAUAAUGUUCAUCCAUAUGCCCUUCCAUGGCCACACAGUGGACCAUUCUCGUCGUUUGAUAUUGCAUCGUGAGUGGAGAGAUGAGAAAAAUCCAGUUUUUGCUUUGUGAACAUCGGAGAGAUGCUCAAAAUUUAAUUGGGAAUGGGAAAAUUGCAUUUUUGAGGUCUGAAAUUCAUCUGAAAAUCAAUUCUGACGUUGAAAUUACACAAUUUUUUAUAAAUUUAUCCCGAACAACGUCAGAUUUUGAUGAAAUUGAUAUUCAGAUGGAUUUCAGACCUCUAAAAAUGUAAAUUUUUCCAUCUCCCCGAGGUAUUUAGCAGAAAUGGAUCAAAUUUGCCAUUAGAAAACACACAAAACCUGAAAUUCCCAAGAAAUUCACAAUUUUUUCGCAGAGUCCGACGUGGUUAUGAGGUAUACAAACAAGUUUGCGCCGCUUGUCACUCGAUGAAAUUCUUGCAUUAUCGUCACUUUGUUGAUACCAUUAUGACUGAGGAAGAAGCUAAAGCGGAAGCCGCCGAUGCUUUGAUCAACGAUGUUGAUGAUCGUGGAACUGCAAUUCAACGACCAGGAAUUCUCACCGAUAAAUUGCCGAGUCCAUAUCCAAAUAAGAAGGCUGCAGCUGCUGCCAACAAUGGUAAGCUUUUUAGCUCGCAAGCUUCCGCGUUAGCGGCACUAUCUUCCGCUUCAGCGGUCACGUGGCAAAUUUACAGUAUCAUAACCCACGUGGCCGCUAACGCGGAAGAUAGUGCCGCUGACGCGGAAGCUUGCGGUUUACACUCGCUUCGCUCGAAAAAAAAUUGACGAUAAAACCGCAAGCUUCCGCGUCAGCGGCCACGUGGUUUAUGAUACUGUGAGUUGGCCACGUCAUAGCUAUCCACGUGGCCGCUAACGCGGAAGAUAGUGCCGCUGACGCGGAAGCUUGCGGUUUACACUCGCUUCGCUCGGAAAAAAAAUUGACGAUAGAUUUGCCUGUGCGGGAUCUCAAAAUUUCAAUGAAAACUCAAAAAAAUCUUGGUUUUCACUGAAAUUUUCAGAUUUUCGAGCGAAGCGAGUGUAAACCGCAAGCUUCCACGUCAGCGGCCACGUGGUUUAUGAUACUGUAAGUUCGUCACGUCAUAGCAAUCCACGUGGCCGCUGAAGCGGAAGAUAGUGCCGCUGACGCGGAAGCUUGCGGUUUACACUCGCUUCGCUCGAAAAAUCGAAUUUCUCAUGCCGGAUCAGAAAAUUUCAGUGAAAACCAAGAUUUUUUGAGUUUUCACCGAAAUUUUGAGAUCCCGCGCAGGAAAAUCGAUUUUUCGAGCGAAGCGAGUGUAAACCGCGAGCUUCCGCGUCAGCGGCCACGUGGUUUAUGAUACUGUAAGUUGGUCACGUCAUAGCUAUCCACGUGGCCGCUGAAGCGGAAGAUAGUGCCGCUGACGCGGAAGCGUGCGGUUUACACUCGCUUCGCUCGAAAAAUCGAAUUUCUCAUGCCGGAUCUGAAAAUUUCUACGAAUUUUGAUCCAAAAAUCGAUAAUUUCAACAUUUUCGAGAAUUUUGGUUUUGCGGCGUCCAAAAAUGAAAAAAAAUAACAUUUCCUGUCCAAAAUUAAACAAAGUAAGAUUGCCAGAUUAAACCGUACCACCUGCGUAUCUAACUCAGAUUAGAUAUAGAUGUUCUACCGUACUUCAGCAUGCGCCUUGAAUCUGGAGGGCGGGAAAUUUUCUUUCUUUUUUCUUCCAGAAAAUGCAGGGGAAAAAUUGAAAAAAAAAUUUGAUAAUAAAUUAUAUCAAAAUUUUGAAACGUAUUUUUUUUUGUUUUUGAAAAAUUCGAAUUUUUGAAUCAAAAUUUGUAUCAAUAGCCGAAAUGAAGCAAUUUUGAGCUCAAAUUUUAUCAAAAAUGUAGAUUAUCAAGUUUUUAUGGCUGAAAAUUAAAAAUGAAAGUUAAAACGUAUGUAUAGGUUUCAUGAAGAAAAUCUUGAAAACUAUAAAUUUUCAAAUUUGGAGUCAAAAUUUAUAGUUUUCUGAUAAAAUUCAAGAUUUUCUUCAUGAAAAUAUAUAUUCUUAAAUUAUUCACAAAGCAGUUAAAAUUUGAAUUUUUCCCAAAAAAUAUUUUUUGUCCAGGUGCCGCUCCACCAGAUUUGUCAUUGAUGGCUUUGGCUCGUCACGGAGGAGACGACUAUGUAUUCUCACUUUUGACCGGUUAUUUGGAGGCUCCAGCUGGAGUCAAAGUCGACGAUGGAAAGGCCUACAAUCCAUAUUUCCCAGGUGGAAUUAUCUCUAUGCCACAACAAUUGUUCGAUGAAGGAAUUGAGUACAAGGUAUGCUGAAAUUUUGGGUGAAAAACCGAAGAAAUUCCCAUUUUUCAGGACGGAACACCAGCCACAAUGUCUCAACAAGCUAAGGAUGUUUCAACUUUCAUGCACUGGGCUGCUGAACCAUUCCAUGAUACAAGAAAGAAAUGGGCUCUUAAGGUAACUUGUUUUAAAAGCCAUUCGAGCUUUUUCAAGUUUUUUCUUAGGAAAAUACAGGUUUACUUGCAUUUUCACAUGAAAAAACGAUUUUCAGGCAAAAAUUCAAGUUUUUUAUAGGAAAAUACAGCAUUUUCACAUGGAAAAUGAGAUUUUGGAAUAAAAUUUCGUUUCUAGUGGUUUUGAUCCGCUUAUCACAAUCCCAUUGUCAAAAACUAUUUAUCUCAACUCUGAAUAUAAGUUAUUGGCAAAGUUUGUUGAAAUUACAAGACUAUAACUAGCUGAAAAAUGGUUUUCAUGAACUUUUUCGAUUUUGCAACAAUAUUUUUGGUAUGGUUUCAAAUUCAGAACAAAAAUAUCGAAAAAGUUAGGUGAACUUGUGAAAAUUUUCGUGAAAACCAUUUUUUCAGCUAGUUAUAGUCUUGUAAUUUCAACAAAUUUUGCCAAUAACUUAUAUUCAGAGUUAAGAUAAGUAGUUUUUGACAAUGGGAUUGUGAUCAGCGGAUCAAAAUCCACUGGAAACGAAAUUUUGUUCAAAAAUCUCAUUUUCCGUGUGAAAAUGCUGUAUUUUCCUAUGAAAAACUUGAAUUUUUGCCUGAAAAUCCCAUUUUUCAUGUGAAAAUGCAAGUAAACCUGUAUUUUCCUAUGAAAAACUUGAUUUUCAAGCAAAAUUUCAAAUUAUUUAUUAAUUAAACCUCUCCUAAUUAAUAAUUUGAUUUCAGAUCGCUGCUCUUAUUCCAUUCGUAGCCGUUGUUUUGGUUUAUGGAAAACGACACAUUUGGUCAUUCACCAAAUCGCAGAAAUUCAUUUUCAAAACAGUCAAAGGAAGAGAACCACCAAAGAGCAGCCAAUAA